AGAACACCGCAAUAGAAGAUAUAACCACCUCGUUCCUUACAGCUGGCUAUCCCCUCGAUCCAUACAGCUUAGGUCCUUUCCGCUUCCCGGGCCCUGCAUUUUACAUGAACCUCGCACUGUACAUUCACAAAUGAUGAUCGUCAGACGCCUUUCCGGACUCCGAUCAGGCCACAGGGCACUAACCCAGAUGCGAUGUGGUGCUUUAUGUCAUUUUUCCACCCUUUUCCUCGCCAGAGUCCGAUCCCUCUCCACCUCAUGCAUUCCCAACCCGCACCUCCCCAACGCACUCACAAAACGAUGGUAUACGAUCGAACCGAGAACAGAACCAAUGGAGCCCCCAGCCCUAGAAAAUUUUCUAAAGGAGGCCCAGCCGCUUCUAGAACUGUGUUAUACGAUUAAUCCCGAAAGGAUGACUGUUACACGUACCCACACUGCCAGUCUCAGCUCAGGAGCCCUAUACAACCUCGUUGACGACUACUUCAAGCGGUUUCCCUACAGACACGAUAUGGCUUUAAGCCCCCUUCCGUCGGUGGACCUUCUUCUAGCAGUCAUGGUAGACCAGUUUUCCACUAACUCCAAUGCGAGAAUCUUCAUCAUCAACACGUUAACCAACUGCUCCAACAGAGCUUUCUCCGACCUUGCAUCUAAUUUCGACACUCGCACCCUCCAAUUCAUAGUGAAGAAUCUCGCAAACUUGCAUAAACUCCCCAAAGCCGUGGUGUACCGGUUUCCUCGCGAGGCUAUUGAUGAUUUGCUUGCGGGUAUGGUCAACCCAGACCUCGUGGUCUGGCUUACCACAAUGCGGUUCAUCACCACUCUCGCGCUAGGCGUGAAUGAGCCGCUCCUUGCGGUGGCCAUGUUCCUCAAGCAUCCGCUAGAUCGUUUCGAGCCAAAGACUCUAGAGCCUCUCCAGGAGUCAACCAUGAAUCCCUCGGCCCCCUCUCUAGAGUCUAUUUUCCAUGACUUGGCCUCCGCCCUCCUCGUGUCUAACCCGAAAUACGACGAAUACAGCCUCGACGCUUUGGUCAAACUCCUCACUAUCGCGGAAACCUCCACCGUCCGCUUUUCCCUCACAUACACCCAAACGGUCCAGCUCUUCCAGAAUCUCGAGGCCUUGGGCGGAACCCAGUCCAAUCACAUUGACAGACUAAAUACCCUCGUGAUUAAUAACUUACUCGGCUAUCUGGAGGUGUUUUCUGGAGUCUUAGCCUCCUUCCAUAGCGGAACUCUCCGUGAUAAGCGGGUGCUCCUUACCCACAUUUACGGCUUCUUGCGCCGCCAGAUGCGGUUUUUUAACAACGGCUGUGUGUAUCUCUUGUGGUUGAGGAUCAAACCAUUGGAGCCCCUCGCCUCCCAUGACCUUGAUUUUCUCAAUGCCUUGUUCAAAUUCUUGGGAAAGCAGCGGGUCUACCACCACUACGUGGCAGAGCUCAUCAGCGAGCUUCCUUGCGAAUUGUAUGCUCAUCCGUCGCUUGUUGAAACCCUCUUGCACUUUUCCGCCCGCACAAAGAACCAAGAGUUGUCUCAGGAAAUCCUAAUCCAGUUGAAGGUUCGUGGGCUGCCGUUGGAGCGUAGCACGCUCUCGGGCUUGCUCCAUACGAACCUCGUGUUCCAGAACACCGCCAUGGCCGAAAAGAUUCUCCAGGAGAUCUUUGGCUCCGAGCAGGGCCUCCAAUUCUUUGAGUUCAACAUGUUGAUUGAAUCUAUCUUGAAAGAAGACGGUGGGGUGCCAAGGGCCGCGGUAAUGUGCCGAAACGUGUCGGUGGAGCUUGCAAAGUCAGCGUACGUCACGAUUCUUAACCACAUGGUCUCGGAAAAGAAGCUCGACCCGGGGUUUGUGGGAGAAAUGUUGGGCCGGUUUGAGACGCUCCCAGAGGACGAUUCCGUUAGGGAACGACUAGUGAGUGUGUAUUUCAAGUAUUUGGUCAACACCUUUCCGUUAAUGGUUGCUCAGCGCAUUUACAUCAACUCCUUCCAUAUGGUGGCCCCUGCUGAGACUGUUGACCCCAGUCUGCGACUCCUGCGAAGUGGUCCCUUGGUGGUUCCCCCGUUCUUGAUGAGCCGAAAUGACACUGUGCGCAGCUUCCAGUCGCUUACGUUGGUGAUCCCCCCGCACAUGAAGUUCUUUCUCCUAGGGACGAUCCUUGAUAAGGCGCGCAGUCACUAUAACUUUGGGAUGAUGAAGUGGGGCUUGUUUGAGUUGUACAACGAUGGGGCCGCGCCGCUUGAGAUCUUGGUUGACUGGAGCAAGCGCUACGGCACAUGGUUCCGCAAGAUCGGCUUCCAGCAGUUGCCCUUGAAGCGUACGGGUGAUGCGUACGAAACGGACUUGCUCACAUACUGGUCAGAGACUGGGAUAGAUGAGUUCCAUCACUUAGUGGAAGAGAGGACAAAAAUGUAAAUAUGUAUUAUACAAGC